UUAGUGCGCGCGCAGUUGUCGAAGCUGGACGCUUUUGCAGGAGCAUCAGCCUGAUCAGAACUUGAAACCUAGGGCACCAGAAAAGGAAAAAUCUGCGCUAGGACUACCAGAUAGCUGGCUGGACUGGAACGAAGGGUCAGUGAGUUAUUGUGAGGGUGAUCCGAGUGGCCCGCGCAGCACUGCAAAACGUCAACAACGAGCGGAGAUGGUAGUAGAAUAGUAGUAGGCGCAUCAGCUAGCGAGACAGUGCGUUUAGUAGUUUAGUGAACUGUACUUGGCCGACUGCGAGGACUCCGACUCUGUGCUUUAUUGUGGUGUUUAAGUGAAAAAUUGUCGAACCGAAACGACGUUAAAUAAAGCAAAAAAAAAAUACGGCUGCCGGGAGAGAAGCAGGAAAAUAAUACAUGAACAGCUCUCUGGAAGCGACUUUUAGCGUGGGGAACAACACAAAAGAAGUUUUGAGUUUUGCUCCGACUCGGUGUGUGCUCUCUUGGAAAGAAACCGGUGUGGAACGAUUAUCUCGGACUUGGUUCACUAAGUUUCCGUCGUCCGGCCGGUCAGUAAAUGCUAGAGGAAGAAGUGCAAAAGUGCAAAAAGAACUGCUGCAUACCAAAGAUCGAACCCCGAGUGAAUUGGGUUGAAGCUGUGAAGCGAACGAUCCGUACUGGAAGUGGACUGCUAGACCUAAGUACUUAAACCUUACAAAACGUUCUAAAAUAUUUAUUUCAACACUGAUAAUUGUGAUUUCAACUGAAUGCUUAUAAAAUGUACACCAACUUAACCGUACUUUAAGUAAGUUAAACCGCUAAGUUCUGCACAAAAUCAAAAACAAAAUUGACACACAACAAUCCGUCCAAACGAUUCAAAUCAACAAGUAUUUCAUUAGCCCGUAGAAGUGCACCGCAAUCAAAUCGCAACCCCCUAAUUUUAAUUUAAAAACAAAAACUCGAUAAUACCAAGAUAACGAUAAUACAACAAAACGCAUUUUCAUCGUCAAUAAUCGCUUUUAAAGAGAAACAAUUACCGACACUAAAUUCCGACAUAAUCGAAGAACAAUUUUCCAAUUUCGGAACGAUAAUCAAGUGAGAAGUAACUGAAGAAUACAAAAAAAAACUUCCACUUACCGAGAGCUGUGCAUUUUACGGAAACGAAAAGUUUACUUUUCCUCAAUUCACACCUAAUCCCAAGUAUAUCGUGUACAUACACACACACACAUACACGAACGGAUUCGUAACCAGGAGCAAUCGAGAUACGCUUUAUGAUAGAUUUUGCUUAGUUCAUCACUUUUGCCGCCUCAUUAUCGCUAAGACUGAGCAACAGAGAUCUUCGAAAGCAAGAGCAACUUCAGAAACUUCUUCAACUUAUUCAUAUGCCUAUAGUAUAAGCAACAACAACAACAACAACAACCACCAUCAACAUAUUGAAAACAAGAGAUAUUCAUCGUGUCUAAUCUUAAGGAUACAUCUUAACGAUACUCCUCAUCGAGCAAUAUAUAUUGGUAGUUUUAUCGUAAACUAGACUCGUAAGCGCACUGCAAUCGUACUCUGCACGGCAACUGCAAUCACCUUUACCGGAGCGACUAGGCUGUCAACUCAACCAAAUAUUAAGUUAUAUAAAUACACGCGUAGUUAAGCAAUCCCGAUCCGUCCAGAAUGUUACCAAGCAACCAACAUCAGCAUCCAUCUUCCCAGCAGCAGGCGGUUUCGCAAGCCGACCAGCAGCAGCAACAUCUGCUCAACACAGUAGGCAUGAGCGGCGCCUACACGACAACAUCGACCAGCUACAGCAUGAGCUACCCUUUAAUGAGCGGCCACCAUCUCAACGAAAACAACAACCUUGUGAUGCAUCCAUCAUAUGGGAAACCGGCGGCACAUGUCGCCCAUCAGCUUCCACCGGCAUCGCUCAUAACGCUGCAGCCGGUCCCACUGGAUGCCCACCACCCUUCGCUGCAUCACGUGUCCGGUCUGGGGCAGCAACCAUCGCACACGAUCACAUCGCUGUCCCAGUCACAGGGGCACUCGCAGCAAGGACUCUCCGGUAUGUCUCACCCUCAUCAAUCAUCCGGCUCGCACAUGUCGCCCGGAAUGUCCAGCCACUCGUCCUCGAUGAACGACCCAAACGGUAAUGAUGGUAGGUUUUUUUCUUGAACCGGGUCCCAACAGGAUCAGCGUAAGUGGUGCAAGCGAACCCAGUCUUUCCUUACAGGUCGAUCAUCCGGUGCCAAGGUGAAGGUGCGGACAAUCAUCCCGGAACACUGAUUCUGUCUGGUUUGCAACUAACGAUCGAGGCGGGGUCGAA